UCGUCAAACUCAAACCCUAUCUCUCCCUUCCUCUGCAAUUCCAUUCGUUUUCUCUCUCUCUCCCUCUCUCUUUCCCUUUCCCGUUCCGAAACCCUAGAUUAACCCCCAAUCUGACAUGAAAUCCAAACCCCAAAAUCUCUUUGGGGUUUCAGUCUCAGCCUCAGAGGACACACACGUCCUUUGAUGAAUUGUUCGCCUCCCUUCCUCAAACCCUAGCGUCGAUUUUCUUUCCCCUUUCUCCUUUCGAUUGCGCGUACUUUGACUUACCCAGCGAGAGAGAGAGAGAAAGAAAUAGGGAGCGAUCGAUAGGCCAUGGAGGGCUCUGUGGCGGAGGAUCUCGGAGCCCCGGAGUCAUGGGAGGUCACCGGUUUGGACGAGGCCAUGAAACGCCUGAUGCUUUCCUCCAACAAGGAUUCCAAGCCCCCGCAAACUCUCAACGACGUCCCGCCUCUGGUUUCCUCUUCUUCCGAUGCUUCUGAUAAGUUUUCUGAGGAUGCCGUCAAUCAGGUCGACCAGUUCCUUCGCGAGGCCUUGCAAAACCCUCGGGAGCGCCUAUCAAUUUUACGAAUGGAGCAAGAUGUGGAGAAGUUUAUCCGUGAUCCUAUUCAGCAGCAACUAGAGUUUCAGCAGUUGCCCACUUCUUAUUUACGCUUGGCUGCACAUCGUGUGGCUCAACAUUAUUCGCUUCAGUCAAUGGUUUUAUUAGAUAAUAAUUUACCCGAUGGCUCUGGUUCCAGAAUUAUUGUCCGUAAAACUCCUGAUUGUCGACUCCCUCUGAUUCGCCUUGCAGACAUCCCUGUUAAUUUACCAUCAGAAGACGGCGGUGUUACUAAGGUUGCAAUAAAACAGAGGCCACAAAAAUGGUCACAGGGUGGAAACAGUGCAAACUCAAACUCGUUAAAGGCAAACAGUGCUAAAAGUGUGGAAGAACGGAAAGAGGAGUAUAACAGGGCUCGUGCACGAAUAUUUAACUCUAGUAUUAGUAUGAGUGGCAGUCCAAGUGGGAAAUCAGAAAGUGAACCAAAACAGCAGGAUACCCCACAACAUGUUCCCUUGGUGAUGCCAAAGGUGGAAGAUAAAUCAAGUGUUUCUGAUUUGCACUCUGGUAGGGGUUUACUUGAGUCUUCAACAAGUAGCAGUAGAACAGCUAGAAGUAGGCCAGAGAAGGAGCCGGUUGGGAGGUACAGACCAAAUAAUAGGGUAGCUAUAUUUAGGGAUCGUGAGAUUGACUGUAAGGACCCUGAUUAUGACAGGAGCUAUGACAGGUACAUGCAAAGAUUUGAUCCUCGGUUUGGAUUCAGUGGUGGCCCAUACACCAUCCAGCCUAUGUAUACACCUGCAUUGAACUACAACACCGAAUUUCCUCAACUUGGUUCUGCUCACAGGCCUCAGAUUUCUACUGAGCAUCAGCCUCGUCCUCUUCCGCAGCAUCUACCUGGGCCUUGGGUUCCACCAUCGCCUCCUGCAGGAAUUGGGUAUGGCCAUCCGGAGACCAUAAUCACACCAUUCAAUCCAAAUCAUGUUGGUGCACGAUCUACAUCUGGCAUUUAUCUACAUUCAUCCCAGUAUCCUGGUCAGCGCCCUGGAAUGCCCUAUGUCCAUCCUCAUGAACAUGUUCACCAACCUUUUUCACAGUCUCAUCAACAGCAACCUGAUGCAAGUUUUGGGUUAGCCCGGCCCCGGUGAGGGCAGGGGCUGUGCCUGCACCCUGCCUGCUUGAUGUCGAGCAUGAAUUAUACUGGGCUGCGAGAGCCGCACAUAUUUCAGAUGGCAGGAGUGCAGGCAUAGGGAGCCAAGGUGUGGUUGAGUGGAUGGGAUCAUUUCUAUGGACACAGACAUCAUCUGUUCCCCCCAUUCCUUGGUUCCAACGGAAGCUUCUUCCAUCAGUGAUGGAUGAUGAAGAAGCUCCAUGGUUUUGGAAAUAUAUCUAAAAUGAAGAAGCUCCAUGGGUUUGGAAAUAUAUCUAAAUAAGCUCUCUUUAGAGCUUUGUGACCCUAUGAUGACGAAGACAAUUUAGAAGAAUUCAAACAGAGCUGAGAAAGUAUGUCUCUGCUUGGAUGAAGUAUGCAGGCUUUGGUUACUUAAAAGAGUAAGCAGCAUCGAUACGUCUCUUUGCUGUCUUAAAGCACAAAUAAGAGCCAGAGGGAGUCUGAAUUGGAGGAUACACUGAAACUAUGCUUUUGGGAAGUUUGAUCUGCGUCCAGGUUGUCCUGACAAAAGAUCUCAUAGUUUAACUUUAAUGCUUUACUUGAACAAUCUGCAGGAAAAUAAAAAAAGGAAUUCUGCAUCAUGUAUCAUACGACACUUUGCUCUGUAGUUAUUUCUUUUAAUACAGUUUUUAUUAAAUUCAUAAAUAUGUUGUAGCAUUUCUAAUACCCUUGAGGGACUGCGGUUGUGAAAUUGUCUGCUAUCUAGGCAUGGUAUUGUGAAGGCUACCCUUUGUUAGAAACACCGUCCUAGUUGUUUUCUGAGUUCCAUUGCAGUGCCGUUGUAUGUAUCAUAUGAAUUUACGAGUAUGUUGGUUGUGGCUA